AUGGCAGACUCGGAGGCACAGCAAAUCAACUACAAACAGUCACUGCAAGUUGAUAGCGCUUCCAGUUCUGAAAAUGCUUCAACUUCCGAUUAUGAGGUCCGAGAAACCCAUAUCUUGCAAGAUCGCAGGAUUGGACUUUGGGGCGCUAUCUCGCUCAUUAUCAAUAAAAUCAUCGGCGCUGGAAUUUUUUCUACUCCAUCAACAAUCUUUAAGCUGGCUGGGAGCCCGGGGCUUGCGCUUGUGCUUUGGGGUGUUGCAGGUGUCAUAUCGUAUUGCGGAUCGCUGGUGAUGCUGGAAUUUGGCAGCAGUUUACCGGUCUCCGGUGGUAUCAAGGUUUAUAUGGAACGGUCAUUCUCACCCAAAUUGUUGAUGACUUGUAUAUACCUGUUCUACUGUGUUUUCUUGCAAACCUCGGCUAGCAAUGCAAUCACGGCUUCGGAAUAUCUUCUUGAAGCCGCUGGAGUGGCUUCAACCACGUGGAAAGAGCGAGGCCUAGCCAUUGCCUCUGUUUCAUUUGCGGUUAUAUGCCAUACCGUCGCACCCCGCGUGGGAAGAGGGCUACAGGACAUACUUGGCGCAGUGAAGCUGUUCGUACUAUUUUUCAUCGUCUGCACGGGAUUUGCGGCGCUUGGAGGUCAUCUGAAAGUGCCCAAACCCAACAAUCUCAAUGUGUCUACAUCUUUCAAGGGCACAUCGAGCAGUGGUUACGAUAUCGGCACGGCACUGUUAGAUGCGAUCUUUUCAUACCAAGGUUAUGAUAAUCUGAAUGCGGUACUUUCCGAAGUCAAAAAUCCCCAGCGCACACUCCGAAUCGCUUUGCCCACCGCUAUGGGCUCAGUAACGGUGCUCUAUAUUCUGGCAAAUAUUGCAUACUUUGCUGGUGUUUCCAAAGAAGAUUUCAUGAGCUCGGAUAUCACCAUUGCGGCCACUCUAUUCCGAAAUGUCUACGGAGAAUCAGCUGCAGUGAAGGCUCUCCCAACUUUGGUGGCUCUUUCAGCAAUCGGUCACUUGCUCAGCGUGGCCUUUUCUGUCUCACGUUUAAUCCAAGAGCUGGCUAAAGAUGGCACCACACCAUUCCCAGAUCUUCUCAUGCAAAACCGCCCGUUCAAGACCCCCAUUUUUGCGCUCGCCAUCCAUUUAGGGGUCACCAUUCUCUUUGUCUGUGCGCCGCCGGCAGGUGAUGCAUUUAGCUUCGUUGUCGGCCUUGGAACUUACCCAUCAGUAUUCCUUUUGACUCUUAUAACCAUUGGGUUGCUGAAGCUGCGAUUCUCGAAGACGGAGGAUUUCCACUCUCCAUUUACUGUACCGUGGCCUGCUUUAGUUUUUUACCUUGCAGCAAAUAUUUUCUUGCUGGUGAUGCCCUUUAUCCCACCUACAAGUGGUAGUGUUAGCAGUUUGCCUUACUACCUGUCUCCUGUGGUGUCACUAGCUAUUCUGGCGCUGGGAGUUAUUUACUACUAUGGUCGAUGGGUCAUCUUGCCAUGGAUCUUUGGUUACAGGCUCGAGAAGGUGGCUGUUGGCCUGAGUGAUGGGUCUCAGGUUUCCAGAUACAAAAUUAGGAAGUUAGAGUAG